UUUCCCGAAGUUUGAUUGGUUAGAUCUGUGUUGUUUUUCAAAACGGACGGCGGCUUCUUAGACACAGAACAGCUGAAGAACAUCUGAUCUACAAAAAUAUACUAUGUGAAAAGUGUAUUGGUACUGUUAUAGAGAUGAAUGAAUAGUACAAGAUAGUAGACGCAUUUUUAUUCAUUUUAUGAGUGGAACAAGUAAAAAUGGCAAACAGUUCAUGAUAAACUCUUGCGGUUGCUUUGUGGCAGUGUCAUUGUGUAUUCCAUUUAUGAUUUAGCAGUAGGACGGAAGAUAAGUGCACUGGUAGAAAUUUGAGGGACAAAAACUUCAUAUCUGGAUGUACAGUUCCUUGUCAGCGUUAUCAUCAUCAUCACCAUCAUCACCACCCUCAUUUCAUUUUCAUUUAGAUUUUCAUACCUUGAUUUUGGAAGAUGUCUAAAAGUAGCAUUUCAAAGAAGCCUCCACGAUUGCGUUUACCAUUGAAAAAUCUUAGCAAUAAUUUAAGUUUUCUGAAUGCACUUAAUAUUGCACCAUCAAAAAUGAAUUCACCAGUCACCAAUCUUGCCCAGAAUCUGAGCGAACUACAUACAGGGAGAGGAGGAACACCAAGAAGAAAGUUGUCUUUAUCCAGCAUCGAUACACCACCCACACAAUGCCAACCAACGCCUGAUCGACUUGAUUCUUCAGAAUCAGGAUGUUUCAUGGACUCUCCUACACCACUGGAUUCACCCACAUUAGAAAUGAGCCUUCAGAGGUUUGCAUCAUCAAUCAAGCCAGAGAUACCUGCAGAAGCAUUUACUAAGAAGAAGACCAUAGCUUUCAGAAGAAUACAGUCGUUACCGCCACCUAUGAUGAGACUGAGUCCUGUUGACUUCCAGGACAAAGAAAAUACAGUCACAGCAGCCGACAAUGACAGUCCAAUGUCACCUGACUCUGGUCUCCCAGACAACCACAGACCAGUUUUCUUUAUUGAAGAAAACAGUUCACAAGACAGUGGUCUUUGUCUUGACAGCAGGGAUUUUGAAUUUGCUGCACCCGUUGGUGUACCAAAACGUAGCAAGUUAAAGAUCAUUAGUGAAGAUACAUGUUCCCCCUUGAAGUACUCUCCAGUCAAAAGUUCUCCGUCCAGGGUCAGACCAAAGUCAUUCUCAGGUCUAAAAUUCUCAGAUAGUAAAGCCAUGUUCCAGUCAGAUAGUCCACUUAAGAUGUGUCCAUUGGCUAGUUUUGAUGAAGAAGAUGUUGAUGAUGGUUUUCUAGACUUGAUAGACCACGAAGACAAUUCUGAGUCAUCAGGAGUACCUGACACAAUGGCCAAGUUGUUUAAUGCACCAGUUCUAAGCCAAACCCCAGAAUGUGAAGAUUAUGUACCAAAGGUUUCAGACAGUUUUGGAAAGUUGUUUAGUGCACCUGUACCCAGUCAGACCCAAGUAACUGACGAGGAAACACCAAAGUUGCGAAGAAGUAGAUCACUUUUCAACAGGUCUCAAUCGUUUGAUGUCAGAGGUCGCAACAAACGUUUUCCUGCAAGUGACGACUCAACACCACACCAGCAGAGUAAAAGACGCAAAUCCUUUGCUGUUGAUGAAGAUGAAGUGAAAGAGACCAAGAGUAUGCCAUUGCCAAGGUUACACAGAUGUCAUUCCGAGACAGAUGCCAUGAUCAAGAUGGCUCUCAACAAAAUAUAUGACGAACCAGAUCUGAUUGCUGAUUGUUCCAAACCUUAUUCAUUACCCGUCAUUCCAGGCAAAAAACAAGAUCUCAAGUCCAUAUCAUCAGAAACAGUACGUCAGCUAUUAGACAAUGAAUAUUCCCACGUUAUAGAAAAGUUCAUAAUCAUAGACUGUCGUUAUCCAUACGAAUACCAAGGAGGUCACAUAAGAGGAGCUAAGAAUAUCUACACCAGAGAAUCUAUAACAGAAGAGUUCUUGAGGAAUCCUACACAACCAGAAGAUCCAGAAAAAAGAAACAUUCUCAUCUUCCACUGUGAAUUUUCUUCAGAAAGAGGACCCAAUUUGUCCAGAUUUUUGCGUCAACAAGACAGACAUGCUAACAAAGAAUGUUACCCCGCCUUACAUUACCCAGAGGUGUAUUUAUUAGAAGGAGGCUACAAGGUGUUCUAUGAACAGUUUUCGGAAUACUGUGAUCCCAUAAGUUACAAACCCAUGCUACAUAAAGACCAUUCCGACGAUCUCAGACACUUCAGAAUCAAGUCCAAGUCUUGGGCAGGAGAGAAGACCAACCGUCCUGGUUUCCGACCAUUGAAAUUCUGAAGAUUUUUCUAGCUUUAUCUUUUUUCUUCCCUAUCCUCUGACUUUUAACAUUCUAUUUUAAUGUUUUAUUAAUCAUUGUUGAAAAAGUUUGCCAUGUUUGGCAGCUCAAAGUGCUCAAUUCAUCCAUGGACAUUUUAACAUGCCUUGUAUAUUAAAGCCCCUGUACAGGAAAGUGAAAGAGAGAAUUAAAAUAUUUAUCAUAUUCAUAUAUAUAUUAUUUAUUCAUACCAGUGUGCUGAAGUGUGUGUGUUUUAUGCUGAUAAGGUGCUAUUACCUACACAGCUGGAUGUAAGACGUGUAUAAGUAUGUAUGUAUGUGUGUCAGUGUGUAUGCAUGUGUGUAAUUGAAGUGAAACAUGUUUUAAAUGUUGUGAUAUGUAUUGUAAAACUUAAUUUUCACUAGAUAUUUUGAGUGUCAGAGCAAAUGCACAUUGAAAUUCUCUAAAUUUCUUUUGAUUGUUGGCCGUUCAUCAUAACUAGUCAGUUUGAAGGACAAUAUAGUCAUAAUAACUAAAAUUCAGUUUCACAAUUGGGUGAUUUGAGAGUUUAAUGAUAGAUAAAUGGAAAGGAGGGGUUUUGGCCACUGGAAUUGUAAAUGCUGUACAUUAUAUCACAAGGGGUUGUAAUUAUAAAAAAGGGGGAUUACUCAAGUUCUAAUCUUUUUCUCACUCUCUUUAUAUCCUCAUCUUUUAAGUUUUAGGUACACUCAGUGCUAUGUACUCUUAGUAGAUGUAUUGGAGAAAUAUUUGAUGUGGAUGGAAAAGUUGUUGAUAUUUGAACUUGUGAGCACAUGUCAUCAGAGCUGCAAGGAAGGGAAAUAUGUCAAUUUUAGAUAAAAGUAGAACAAGUUCACUAUUCUAGUGAACUUUGUUAGUUGUUUUUUAUUUGUUUUAACUUAUUUAUAUUUAUUUCUGUUUUUCUUCUGCCUUGUUUCCAUAUCUAUUUCACACAAGUCAUUAUCUGUAAAUGAUGAUAUUCUACAGUUUCUAUUGGGAAGAAUCAUUAUGAAAUAAAACAGUCAAGCAAGUUAACAAAUCAUGUUGGAAAAUUACAAAUUUAAGGAAACCAUGUGAACAGCUAAAAAUGACUUGUGUUAACUAGAUAUAUGUUUUUGUUUUAGUAGAGUCUUAGCAUUUUAAUAUUAGUGGGUUAUUUAUAGAAAUGGUGAAACAAUCUAACAUUUGCAAACUUAGGAGAAAACAAAAGCCAUGCAUUAUCUGCUUUAUGUGUUUGUAUCACUAGAGAAAAAUAUGCACAAAUAGGAUUAAAAUUUAGAUUAAUAUAAAUAGAAAUCUGUGAUGAAUAUGAGAGAAAGUAUUACAAUGAAGAUAUAUGUUUCGGUAGAACAAAUUUUAAGUGAGAGGAAUAAUAUGAAGAUGUGAUACCAGUCAUCUGUGAUACCAUGAUGGCAGAAUGAUGUGUAGACAAAUGAUGUGUAGACAAAUGUGUGUAGUUGCUUACUAUUGUUGUUACUCCUUACCUCUAAUGUUGUUUUAUUUAUUUUUACCUGUUCCCACGGAACUCAAAAUUCUCAUAUAUAUCAUUUGUAAUAAAUGUAUAAAAUAUAAA